AUGAAUGGAACAAAUAGUGUUGUAAAGAUAAACACGAAGGAAUUUUGUCAAAAAUUCCCAAAAAUAGAACUUCAUGCUCACUUAAACGGCUCUCUAAACGAAGAUAUUCUUCGCCAACUGGGGUGCAGUGAUACCUCUAUUGAAAAAUACCAAAAACUCACAAAUAUUCUAAACAAAACCACCAGAACACUAGAAGAAUGCUUCGAUUUGUUCAAAGUAGCUCACAACGCCACAAAAACCCAGGAAAAUUUGUAUUUAGCAGCUCAAAGUGUUAUUAGAGACUUUGACAAAGAGAACACAAUUUACUUAGAGCUGCGAACAACUCCUCGAAGCGAGGAAGAUAUGAGCAAAGAGGAGUACAUAGAAACAGUCGUAAGAGCUAUAAAAGACUGCAAAAAUGUCUGUAGUAUUCUAGUUAAACUAAUUUUAUCGAUAGAUCGUAGUCAAGACGCGCAAACGGCUCGAGAAAGUUUGGAUGUGAUUUUAAAAAUGAAAGAAAAACAUCCGGAGAUUAUUAAAGGAUUAGAUUUGAGCGGGAAUCCCAGCGUGGGUAAUUUCGACGUUAAUUUGUUCGAGAAAGCUCGACGAUCCGGGCUUAAGAUUUCCAUACAUUGCGCAGAAGUGAAGAACGACGAAGAAGUGAAGAAAAUUCUGGAAUUCGUUCCGGAUAGGCUGGGUCAUUGCGUGUUUUUGCAUCCGAAACAUAACGGAUCAGCUGAAAACUGGAAUAUUUAUUUGGAGAAGAAAAUUCCAAUAGAAUGUUGUCUCACUUCAAACAUCACCUGCGGAAUAAUCGAAAAGUACGAGGCCCAUCAUAUUGGCGAAUUGAUAGAAUCGAAACUUCCAUUUUCGAUUUGCACCGAUGAUAAAGGGGUAUUUCGCACGACACUUUCCAACGAAUACGAACAGGUUAUGAAACAUUUCGAUGUUUCUCCAAAGCGUCUUUAUCAAUUCGUUUGCGAGACUGUUAAACAAUGUUUCGCUUCGGAUGAUGAGAAACGGCUGUUGUUAGUGCAAUUGCAGGAUUAUUAUCAAAGAGUCUUGCAAGAAAUGUGCUGA